AUGGUUUUAAAGGUGGAAGGCAACAAGAGCUCAAGUGCAACCUUACCUCCGAACAUGCCCUCCUACAGGUCCCUGUCCUCCCGUGAGGAUUGCCCUAGCACUCACACCAGCUUCUCAGAUGGUGAGCUUGCCCGUAAUGAGAGGGAAGGUGUCAGGCAUCGAAUCUUCUACCUCUCAGAGCAGCUGAGAGUGGAGAAGGCCAGUAGGGAUGAGAAUACCAUGAGCUACCUCAAGCUGGUAUUCAAAGCUGACCGACACCAGGCCCCACAUAUCCGGCAGGCCUUUGAGAGGGUGAACCAGCGCACCUCUGCCACCAUUGCUCACAUAGAACGGAAGCUCUAUCAGUGCCACCUGCAGCUGAAGGAACUGGAAGAGGGCUGCAACCCUACAAGCUCAGUGCUGAAAGUGGAAAAUGCUGUGGACAAUCAUAAGCAGCCUGGUGAGAAGGUGUCAUAUUCCAAGUUGUCCAAGACAGGUGGGAAAGAUAACCUGCCCCUAAACAUAGCUAGGCCCUACACUCUGGAGAGUCACUUGACAGGCAUGCAACAGAGGAAAUUCUCAGACAAAAUGUAUGUGGCUCAGCAACGAAAGCUACUGUUGCAGAAGAUGAAAGAAGAACUGACAGAAGCGAGGAAGGUCCAUGCUGGCCUUCAGGUCUCCCAUCAAAGCUUCAAGGAAAGUCAUGUGACUGAUGUUCGGGAGAUACUGGAGUCCCUCCAGGAAAAGAAAACCAGACAAUCACUGAUGGAAGAACAGGUGAAUGAUCACUUGCAGAGAUACCUGAAUGAGAUUUGCCACCUUAAACAGCAUUUGGCAUGCACUGAAGAGAAAAUGGCCUAUUUGUCCUAUGAAAGAGCUAAGGAAAUAUGGGAUGUAAUGGAGACUUUCAAGAGCAGAAUAACCAAACUAGAAACUCUACAGCAAGCUACUCAACUGGAGAUGAUGGCCAGUGUCAGAACCCGUCCCAAAGACUUUUUGUUCAGAUUCAUAAGCCUGCUUCUCACACUGACCACUAUCCUCUUGGUCUUGGUCUCUACCUUGUGUUCUUGUCCCUUGCCACUGCUCAAUUCACGCCUGCGCGUGUUCACUCUGUUAGUGUUAAUUGGCCUUGGGACCUUUGUGUGGCAGAAGCGGCAUAUCAUCUCCAUCACGGACUGGCAGGCCUGGAUCCCCUUUAAGUGGAGACCAGACUUCAAGGAUGCUAAGCCUCAAUUAGAUGUACACUGAUGGGCAAGGAGUAUCAUCCACCUGAAUUUGUUCAUUACUUCCCUCUUUCCAGAUGUUGAGGGCAUCCAGUAAGCCUUCCCUAGAAAGCUACUUUGUUACUGUCACUUUCUUAA